UUUGAAGUUGUAGGCGAAAGGAAAUUGGAAUAAGAUUGAACUCCCGCCAAACAUAAUUACAAAAAGAAGUUGAGCAGAAACUGAGCAGGGAGACAAUGGAGCUGCGAACCCCUCCUUCCAGUGCAAGACGAAACCCUCCUCGGAGAGCCAAAUUAGCAGCUGCAGCCUCAGUCUCAGCCUCUGCACUGAAGAAUCGUCCCCAGUCUUCCAAGAAGUUACAUUCCUCAGAACAACAUUCUCUGCCAUCUUUGUUGGAAUCUCCUCCCUUUUUAUUCACGGCCAAAACAGUUUCGAAUCCCACAGAGGAAAAUGGUGCAAAUGUCUCCCAUUCCACUGAGCUGGCUGAAGAAGAGGCCUCCCAGCUCCCUCGAAAGAGAGAAGCUGAAGAAGCCUCGGAUAUAAUUGAGGUCUUGGCUGCCAUAGAAGAAAAUCCAUCGGAGAACAAUAUUCAUAGUCAUCCUUCGACCAACACAAAUCCGGGGUUAAAAAAUUUACAGAUUUUUCUCCGCAUUCGGCCGGCUAAGUUCAAUGCAGUGAGGAGAUCAGUAAUUGGCAUUCCGAAGGCUUCUCGUCAGAAGCUAAAGACAAAGAUGCUGCCCAGAGAAGAGGAGCAACACGUUUGCCUACAUGCCAACGAUUCACACUCUGUCACUCUCACCCCUCCUCCCUCGCUCGUGGAGGCCAAACGAGCUAAAACUGAAGUCUACACUGGUUUUUCUCACGUCUUCCUUCCUCAUUCCUCCCAGGAGGAUGUAUAUGAAACUGUCAUGCACCCUUUGGUCGAAGAUUUUGUGGAGGGUAAAAGUUGCUUGCUAGUUGCCAUGGGGCCUACGAGUUCAGGCAAGACCCAUACAAUGUUUGGGAAUUUUACAGAACCAGGCGUGAUUCCCCGUGCUUUAAAGGAACUUUUGUCUCCUGAUAAAGGCAAUGACUCCAGAAUGUCCAGGAGUUACUUUAUCUCAAUGUUUGAGAUAUAUUCUGAACGGGGAAGGGGUGAAAAGAUUUUUGAUCUGUUUCAAUGUGGAGCAGAGUUGAGCAUACAGCAGUCCAACAUUAAGGGGCUGAAAGAAGUUGCAAUUUUAAGUGUGGAAGAGGCUGAGUCCCUUCUCAAGCAAGGCAUGGAGAAACGCACUACUGCAGCAACCAAUGCUAAUAGUCAGUCGAGCCGAUCACAAUGUAUCAUCAAUGUUCGAAGUAGCUUCACAGUGGUUGAUGGACAGAGGAAUGAAUGCAAACUGGGUGAGGCAGUGCUGACAAUUGUGGAUCUUGCUGGGGCAGAAAAGGAAAAGAAAACUGGAAAUCAGGGCAUUAGGUUCAAUGAAAGCAACUUUAUCAACAACACAUCAAUGGUUUUUGGCCUAUGUCUACGAGCAUUACUUGAGCAUCAGAAAAAUCCAAAAAGAGCAUUAGAAAAGCAUUAUCACAAUUCUUUGCUAACAAGAUAUUUGAAAGAUUAUUUAGAAGCCAAAGGUCGAAUGGUCAUGGUGCUAAAUGUGUGCCCCGGGGAAGAGAAUUAUGUUGAUACAUCUUUUGUCCUUAGACAAGCUUCACCCUAUGUAAAUAUAAAGUUUACCCCGUUAUCCGAAGAAUUACCCAAUUUUCCUAGACCUAAAAGAUCCUCAAGUAUAUUAUCAAAACAACUGCAGCCAAGACGAAAGAAGCUUCGUCUCUCCCAAGAGAAUUUGCAAUUGAAGCAUGGUAAGGGACUGUCAAACAGCCAAGCUUUAGUACGGAGGACAAUGGGGGACAAAGUAAAUGUGGAAGAUGCUGUAGCUAUUGUGAAAGAUACAAAUGCUUCUUGCAGCCUUUCGCCUGUGGAUGCCCCUUGUGAAGGCAAAGAGCAAAUACAUAUCAGGGACCCUUCUCCACUACUUUUCACUGAAGAAGAAUUGAGAGAGAAAAUAUCUGUGAAGGUUGAUGAACAACUUAAAGAGAGAGAAGAAAGACUUCUGGCAGCAUAUGAAACAGCUUUAUCUAAUGUGCUGAAAGAUCACCAACUAAAAGUGAAGAUGAUGAAAAAGAACAGUGAAGGGCUUGAAGUAGAGCUUAAAAAAGAGAGAGAACAUUGUUUGGAGCUAUUAAACGAAAUAGCAAUGUUAAAGGAAUGCUGUGCUUCCUUGGAACAUGAAAAUGGGAACUUACAGAUAGCUCUUAUAUCUGGGAACAUAAUAUCGAAUUCUGGAUCUGAAUAUGAGAAUUCAAAACCAUUCCUUAUACCCCAAGAUGUUGGCUGUCAGAAAAUUGUCAAAGCUGAACCAGUGAUAAGGAGUGAUUGCAAUAGUAACACAUUAUUGGUGGUAGAAGGUGAAGCGGAAGUGAUUAGUAACAGUUCUCAGGCCUGUAUCACAGUUGAUGAAGAGGAAGAAUCUUGUACAUGUUUAGAGAACAAUGAAACUGGUGAUGUCAAUUGUGAUACAUCAUUGUCAGUCAAUAAUAAAUCUGGUUGUUUGAGUGGUGAUGGCUUCAAAACUUUUCAAAUUGUUGCUUUUCAUGAGGAGGAUACAACUCAGCCAUGCAAAGGUCUUGUGGAGAAUAAACAAAAUGCCAUAUCAAAAUUUGAAGAAACAAUAUCUCCUCUGGUCUUGGAAGCUUGUCACAAUCAAAAUAACCUUUCACACAAGAGAGAUGAGAAAAUAGAAGAAGAAAAUGUUAAUACUUUGUUGGUAUGGAGAAAUGCAUGCAAAUCACUUGCAGAAGAGGGGCAGAGUUGUGUAAGUGGUGCAAAUAAAUGUCUUAAAGAGGAUUCAGACAAUUUAACUGAAAUAAACAAGAAUGAUAAUGCAGAUAUAAUAUCAGCGAAUAAUUCCUUGGAAAAAUUCAAUGUUGACCUUGUUGAAGGUGCUGAAGUUGACCAAUCUCAAAACAGCAAGAUGAUUGAGAUAUGCGACUCAGUUCCAAAUGCUAAGUGUCGUACAUGUAAUGAAGUCAAUGAAAUUCUGAAAGAGGAUUUAGAAAGUUUAUCUCAAAUCAAUAAUAAAGAGAGCAUUGAUGUUGUAUCGGGGACUAAUACUUUUUCAGGAUUCAGUCUUGUAGACCUUGAAGUGAAAGGUGCUGAGAUAGGUGUGUUUGAGAAUGGAAAGGAGACACAUGAAGAAGAGAAGAUUUGUGUUACUGGUAAAGAAAAUAGAGUUCUUGAAGAUGAUGCAAAUAAUUCGAUAGAAACCAACAAGAAAGAUAAACUUGAUAAUUUAUCAAAUGCCACUACUUUGGAGAACUUCAAUGUUGACCUUAUUGAAGGUGCUGAAGUCGACAGAUCGGAAAACAGCAACAAAAUAGAGAUAUGUAACUCAGUUACAGAUAAGGAGCUUUAUGCACGGAACGGAGUCAAAGAAAUUGUGGAAGAGAAUGUAGAAAAUGUACCUCCAACCAAUGAGAAAGAGAACAUUGAUAAUAUAUUAGGGGCUAAUAAUUUGGCAAAAUUCAGUGUAGUUCCUGUUGAAAAUGCUGAUAUUGGAUCAGUUCAAAACAAAAAGGAAAGUGAGACACAUCAAGAUCCUAACCAUUUUUCAGGGGCAAAGUCCAAUCUUAAAAGGGGUCGGAUGCUAGCUUCCUCAUUGUUAAAUAGGAAAGUGGAUGCUGGUAUUGAAGACAUCAAUAGAAAUGCUAUUGAAUCUUUUGAAGGGAAGACAUCAUCAGCAUCAGAUACUGCCUCCGAGGAUGACGUUGGACCAAUCGGACAUUGCUUAGAGGAACUUUUAGGUCUUUCUCCAAAUGAGAUUGAAAAUGGCGUAUGGAAACAAGAUGUUGAGUGCAAACGUAAAAUUUCUGAUUUGCUUGAAAGGCAUGGUGGCGUUCUUGAUCUUCACUUGUUGAAAAAAGUUCAUUCACACCAAAGGUCUUUGUGUUUAAGAUAUUGCUUUGCAUUGAUUUGCAACAAGAUGAGUUGUGAUAACCAGUGGGUGUCUCUCUCUGAAAAUGUCCAUCCAAAGUCAAGGCAGGAAUUUUUCCGGGCAAUAGUGAAGGCCCAAACGGUUGGAAAAGCAGCUUCCCAUGCUCGACAGGGUUUACAGCAGGAAAACAUAUUAAAAAAUACAAAUAGUUGCUUCCCUAGUUCAGGUGGAUUGGUGGAGGUUCAAGACGCACAAAUUGAUUGUGGAAGUCCAUAUCAUGCUAAUUUUCCUCCAAAGGCUUUGUUACUGAAUCCUGACUGUGUAGAUUCUUUAGAGUGUAAAAGAGAAAAUAUUUGCUUAUCAAGUAAAUCACCUCGAAGGAAACUGCUUCCAGCCCCAUCAAUGCUUGUAAAAGGAAUUGAUGAUAGAACUGUUGAGGAUGAGCUUCCAAUGGUUUUUGAGAAGUCAUGCCAGAAAAGUUCGAGCACAAAAAUAGUAGUUGCAACUCGAGGGAGGAUGUCACUUGCUAGAUUGUUAGCAGGAAGCAGAUAAAAAUAAAAAUUGGAUGUGACAAUUUUGCAUAUGUUAUGCUUUUGAGGUCCAGUGAUUUUAAAUAUUUUUCUUUGAGUGCUGCUGACAUAAUCAUAGCUUUAACUGUUCCAACUAUCUGAGUAGAAUUAUCUUCAACUCAAAGCAGCAAGAGAAGGAGCAGGCUUCUAAAGGACUCGAGCGGUUGAAGCAACCAGUGCCAUCAGUGGCUCCAUUGACCAUUUGGUCUCAUGGAUGUAAUUGAAAUCAUUUAAUUUCAUUUCUUUCAUGAGUAAAUAGAGCUGUGUGAUGCCCGUUACAUACAGAAAAGUCUACAUGGAGCAAUACCGUUACGUUAAUUGAUUGUCACGGGAAAAACCUCAUUGGAAAAAGCUAUAGAAGUAAUCACUCGUUUGCUUAAUGAAUAGAAAUUCAAUUUUGAAGAUGCCUUUUUAUUUUCAGGAGGAGAAGAUGGUGAAACUGCCAUAUUUGUUUAAAUUGGGCAUCAUUAUUUGGUAACAGCAUCAUACUAGCUGUUCUAAUAAAACAUUGAAGUUAAAAUCUAUACAAAUAUGGAAUGACGGGAUACAAUAUGAAUAUUUUCCUUUAAGAAGACCAACCAUUGAAUGCUUA